UAAAAUGUUUACCUCACCGUUGCUCCAGUAGCUCUAGCUCUGUGGUCAUGAAUUGAUAGCCUCCAUUUCUGUUACCUCCACAGUACAUAUUAUAUAUUUCGCCUGUUGAUGUCACCCUUAGCCUACUCCUCCAGCAUUCGGAGUCCCCCAGCACACACACACACACACGCAGAUGGAUAACUUCGCCGUUCCUCCUGGGUUUCCUUUAUGAUCCUGGGAUCUCCCACUUUCCUCAUCAGACUUCAUCUAGCAACACAUGCGAACAGACCGCUCCUCUGCUCUCCUUUCUACCAGCGACACAGCAGCCUGCUACCACCCCGCACCACGACACCUCAACCAGGACUCUUCACCUUCAUCCUUCGCAGACUGGCUACGCACGACGAAGUCAUCGAGUGAUUUUCCAAACGGAUUCCCACCGGAAAGCUUGACAAGUGCAAUUACCAAGACAAGGAUUUCUGGGCUAUAUCGACUAUAGCCGCCGAGUUCAAAAGUUUGUUCACCGCUGUUGAUCCGUCCGUCUCAUCCGUGCCAUAAUGUCCGAGGUACUGCCUUACAGCGAGGGGAAAAUGAGCGGCUAUGGGGACACCGAGGCCAGUCAGAUAUCCUUUAGCUGCGGGCUACAGGACACCAAUUCGUUCUUCGGGGCGUCGCAAGCGAAAAGACCCCCAAAGCUGGGACAGAUCGGCAGAGCCAAGAGAGUGGUCAUCGAAGAUGACCGAAUAGACGAUGUCCUAAAGGGGAUGGCAGACAAGUCGUCACCUGGUGUUUAAAGAUGAACGACGCCUUGCAGACUUUUUAUUUUGAUCAACGAUUUAAAGCACUUGUCGGUUGUGCAUGUUCGAGGAUUGUAGGAGAAACGAUGGCACGAAGCGAAGACAAGGGGAAGGAAAUGAAUGGAAAGAAAUAUGUGAAGAUUGGAUGAGAAAGCAGAGGAAGAGCAAGACUCCAGAAAAGACAGAGAUUUAUCAUGGGGUUGCUGGCAAUUCUCCAAACGAAAACCCAUUUUAACUUGUGCUGCGCAGCGUGAUGUUGAGAUGGCGGACCCUGGCUCUGAUGGAUGAACUUGCCAUUACUUCACAACCAUCUUCCAAAAGCGCCGUAAGCAACACAAAACUACAAGUGGUGUCUGAAUCUCAUUUCAAGCUCUAUUUCUAUAGUUGUAUACAAUAGCCUUCCUAAGCUCGAAGACCGUAUUCCCCUUACACGCUUUGCAUUGUUGAUAACAAUCGGCGACAUCGCAUUCAAGGGAGCUGUCCUUUUCAGCACUGGUCGAACGUAGAGAAUGCAUUCCGAUUGCUGCUAAAGCUUUUUAAUACUGACCAAACAAACACUGUCCAGUAACUAGUAGAGACCCAUUGUAUGUAAAAAAAAAAAAAAGAUAAUAAUAUAUAUAUAUAAAUAUACACACACACACACACACACACCAAGGAUGGUGCAAUGUUAAUAUUUCCUUUCGUAGGCCUAUAUUCAUUUUGGCUCCAUCUGUAAAGAAUAAGCUAGUAAUGCAUAGUCCCCAGGUUGAAUUGAAUUAAAAUGAUACAUGGUGUUACAUUACCCCCCAUGGUUAACGAUGCAGGUCGGCACCUUCAUGAAGCCUACCGACACCUAUUCAUAGCUGUUUCACUUUUUACACACUCGAAAUAUCGAAGGAGGCGAGAUCGGCAAAUUAUGUUUGGAAAAAUAGUCAUGAAAUUGAUGGGGAAAUGUUUUAUUUAUUUCGAUUUUGCAAUUAUUCGUGUUUUUUUGUCUACUAUAAUUAAAAAGUCAUACUAUUUUCUCCAUCUAUUUGCAUGAACUUUCGCUCUGGUGCCAACACAGGUGCCACCACUCUUACCCUGGCACGCUUCUUUUUAACAAAAUUCAUAUUUGUAUUUUUAUAUCUAAACAAUUGUUAUUGAGAAAUUAUGUGCUAGUCUACCAUCUUACAAUUCAUCAACACAAAUGUGUGUACUAUAGAGAGGAUAUGCAGAUUGAGACCAUAUAAGUCUAACGGAGAAUCUAAGAUUUGGGUUUUGACUUUUCUCAUUCUAUAUCAUUUUUUAAAGACUAACUGAAUGUGUUUGGGGUUUUGCACACAUCAAUGUUAAACUAUUAUUGAGAAAUUGUAUCCUGUGACUUGAGCUUCGUUGAUGAAUUUGUUAGAAAAUAGCCAUUUUUUUUGGUAUAUUGCACUGUUUACGAGGAUCCUCAAAUAACACGUUGAAUUUGGACAGAUUUUGGACAUUAAAGUUGUUUUUUUAUUUCAUUUAUCUUGUACCAUUCUUCUAAGGAAACUCAAUAUGGUUUGUUGUGCAUGAAACCUUAAUAUUUCCAUUAAUGAAACAUUGUUUUACGAAGCAAAAAAAGCAACAGUGUCAUGACAUUCUAAGAAUGAGUCAUUGUAUAUUACGAUGCCAUUUUCACUGUAUUUGGUGAACAAAUAAAUGGUGAAAGAACAUGUC